CAAAGCUUAUUUAGAUAUGAUGAAAGGAGUCCAUUUCCUUGCAAUUGUUGCUCUCUUGUCACUUGCAUCCUCCUUUGUCUCUGCCUUCGAUCCCAGCCCUCUUCAAGACAUUUGUGUUGCAAUUGAUGACCCCAAAUCUGCUGUGUUUGUGAAUGGGAAAUUCUGCAAGGAUUUGAAGGAUACCAAGGCCGAUGAUUUCUACUUCUCUGGGCUCCAAAUUCCUGGAAAUACAGACAAUCGAGUUGGGUCAAAUGUCACUACUGUGAAUGUGGACCAAAUCCCAGGCCUCAACACUCUAGGCAUAUCUUUGGUUCGCAUUGACUAUGCACCAUAUGGACAAAAUCCUCCUCACACUCACCCUCAUCGUCCUCUUGAGUUUCAAUGCGCUCUCACGUGCUGUCAGAAGUUUCUGUGUCCCUAUUCAUGUGCUGUUGCCGGCCACUACGCUCCGCCUCAAUCAGCUGUUUUCAGAAAAGGAACAUCGGAUUCUAGAUCGGAGGCUACCGAUCAACAGGACUAUGUCAAGCAUGCACCUUAG